CCAGUUGGCCUUCGAUGCACAGUUAUUAUUUACUGAGAAAGAAGCGAAAUUAACUAAACUGCAAUUCGAGCAAAAUGCCCAGCGAGAUUAUAACCCUUCAAUUGGGCCAAUGUGGCAAUCAAAUUGGUUUCGAGUUCUGGAAGAGAUUGUGCCUGGAGCACGGCAUCUCCCCGGAUGGCGUCCUGGAAGACUUCGCCACCGAUGGACAGGAUCGCAAGGAUGUGUUCUUUUACCAGGCGGACGACAACCAUUACAUACCGCGGGCCGUUCUCAUAGACUUAGAGCCCAGAGUCAUUAACAACAUCAUGACCUCUCCGUACUCCAAGUUGUACAACCAGGAGAAUGUGUUCCUCUCCAAGCACGGCGGUGGAGCAGGAAACAACUGGGCGUCCGGCUUUAGCCAGGGUGAGAAGGUGCAGGAGGAGGUGUUCGACAUUCUGGACCGCGAGGCCGAUGGCAGCGAUUCGCUGGAGGGAUUCGUGCUCUGCCACUCGAUAGCCGGCGGAACUGGGUCCGGAAUGGGCUCAUAUGUCCUGGAACGGCUGUCCGAACGCUUUCCCAAGAAGCUCAUACAGACGUACAGCGUUUUUCCCAAUCAGGACGAGAUCAGCGACGUGGUUGUGCAGCCAUAUAACUCGAUCCUUACCCUGAAGCGUUUGACCAAGUGCGCGGACAGUGUGGUGGUGCUGGAUAAUACCGCACUGAACCGCAUCGCCACCGAAAGAUUGCACAUCCAAACGCCCACUUUUACGCAGAUCAACAAUCUGGUGUCCACCAUCAUGAGUCUGAGCACCACCACCCUGCGAUAUCCCUCGUACAUGAACAACAACCUCAUCGGUCUGACCGCCUCGCUCAUUCCCACGCCCCAGCUGCACUUCCUGAUGACGGGAUAUACUCCGCUAAUGUCCGACUGCGAGACCAAGACAAGCGUUCGAAAGACCACCGUUUUGGAUGUAAUGCGUCGCCUUCUGCAGCCGAAGAACAUGAUGGUUUCCGCGCUGACGGACAAGCAGAGCCGCCAGUGCUUCGUCUCCAUACUGAACAUCAUCCAGGGCGAGGUGGAUCCAUCCCAGGUGCACAAGUCGCUGCAGCGCAUCCGCGAGCGAAAGCUGGCCAACUUCAUACCAUGGGGUCCGGCCAGCAUCCAAGUGGCUCUGCCGCGCAGCUCGCCCUAUGUGCAGUCGGCCCACAAGGUAUCCGGAUUGAUGAUGGCCAAUCACACGGGUAUCAGUUCGCUCUUCAAGAGGGCCUUGGCCCAGUACGAUAAGCUGAGGAAGCGCAACGCCUUCCUCGACAACUUUCGCCGCGAAUCCAUGUUCCAGGACGACCUGACCGAACUGGACAUCGCACGGGACACGGUUGACUGCUUGGUGCAGGAAUAUGAGGCAGCCACCCAGAUCGAUUAUCCCCAGUGGAGUCCUGCUGUCGAAGCUUCGAAAGCCGGUUAAUCGAUAAUUAUUUAUAAUUCAACCGUCAAUACUUUUUAUUUUUUUUAUCAACAAUAAUAUAUGUAUUUAAAAUACUUUAUAAUCAAUUUAGGAAUUAUAAAAGUUUCCAGGAAUGAUUCAACUUACAUAAAUCAAGCAAAAAUAACUCUGAACGAGGUAGGAAGUAGUAACGAUCACACC